AUGGACACCUGGUGCAGCAUGGAGAGUCAGAGUAAAGUGGCCAAGGCUAGUAACGGUUGGAGAGAAUGGAGUCCAAGUUGUCCCCGUAACCAAGGUGAAAGCCCUUGGAGGGCUUCCGACGGGAGUGAUGGUUAUCCGUCACAGGCUCCGUUGGAUUUGGAGCAAAGGUUUGCAAAAAUGGAAGCUGUGAUUCAACGACAUGAAGAAGAGAUUCAAAGGUUGAAACAACAAAGGUAUGUUCGAAUCUCCUCUACUUGUUCCAGAUGCAACAGGAGUGUUGAAACAAUUAUUCAUUGCCUGGUUACUUGUUCGUUUGCUGUGGCUUGUUGGAGAUCAGUUGGUUUGUAUGGAGGCAGCCCUGGUGAUAUAUCUUUUGGGAGUUGGCUGCAAGAUCGUUUCAACAACUGGGAUUUGAGGGAGAGGCAGAUCGGGGCUGUGCUUUGCUGGGCUAUUUGGCAAGAUAGGAACAACAAGGUGUGGAAUGGGAAAACCAAGUCGGUCAAAAAUGUUAUUGCAUUUGCUAAUGUGGAGAAGGGGAUGAGCAUUGGGGUGCGCCAACUCAAGAUCAAUGUGGAUGCAGCAACAUUUGCCGAUCGAAAUAAAUUUGGGUACGGUUGGGUUCUCCGUGAUUCUGGGGGCCACAUCUUGCAGUCGAGAAGCGGGUCUUGGAGUGGUUGUGUUAAUCCGGCUCUUGCUGAGGCUUUUGGUGUGAAAGAGGUACUAAGUUGGAUAAAGGAGUCAAAGCUUUCUCAUGUCACUGUGGAAUCGGAUAGCCUCAUAACAAUUCAAGCUUUUCGGAGCUCGAUGAAUACUAAUUCUCCUUUCAGUUGUUGCAUUGCAGAAUGCAAGAGAAUAAUUUCAAAUUUGAAUCAUGUUUGUUUAUGUUUUGUUAAACGUUCUGCUAACCGUGUGGCUCAUGGUCUUGCCCGAGUCUCGUGGUUAUAUGCUGAGCAGUUAUUCGGUGGACACUGUUCCGAAUAA